AUGACCCGUCAAAAACAUUCAACAACACAAUCUUGGCUACAUUUUUAUUCUUCCCAAUUUUAUAUUUAUUUUUAUUUAUUUGCCUCAAUAUUUUUGAUAUUUCCUUCGAUUCAAUUGAAAUUUGACAAUGACGAAUUUGAAUUAAAUUUACAGUUGAUAAAGCACCAACCCUGUGCUUUUAGACAAGACAAAAGCAAAUGGGAAAGAAAAGUAGAGUUUGAAGGGGGGAAUGAAAAGGAAGGGCCGAAACUAAUUCCGAGGCCAAAUGAAACUAACUGUUAUUCAAUUGGUGGUAAAGUUACUGUUUAUAGUGAAUUUAAAGGAGAAUUCAGCAUUUAUUUGGAAUUGCGUAGCUCAGCAAAUAAAAAGGUAAAUGAAUUGCUAAUUGUAGGCUACAAAACAUAA